AUGACACGUGAAAGGUCUUUUAGUAAUAAGCGGCGACGAAGACCCAGCAAAAGUCGAAGUCGAAGCCAAAGCCGAAAUCGUUGGCGACCAGAUACGCGACAACAUCAACCGAUUCGUCGAUAUUGGUUUGCAGAGGAGUACAACCCUAUUCAGAUCGGUAGUAUUGAUGGCACAGACACAACACCUCAUGACAAAGGCCUGGUGCGCGCUCUAAACGCUUGUUAUGAUCCGAGCAAGGACGAGAAGAUCCAGGGCAAUCCGUAUGCAACGAUAUUCGUGGCUCGUUUGCACUUUGAUACGAAGGAGGAGACGAUUCGUGAGUUCUUUGCUGACUAUGGAGCUAUUCGGCGUCUGCGUCUCGUUCGCGACAAACAGACCAAGAAGUCCAAGGGCUAUGCGUUUGUAGAGUUUGAGCACGAGAGGGAUUUUGAACGAGCUUACAAACACGCACAUGGACGCGUGAUUGAUGGAGCUGUAAUUUUAGUAGAUUUUGAGCGCAGUCGAGUCAUGAAGUCGUGGAAGCCGCGCCGUCUUGGCGGCGGCUUAGGUGGGACGAAGAAGUCGGGCCAACUUCGCUUUGGCGGAAGAGACCGCCCGUUUAGACCGCCGUUGGGUCAGCACUGA